GGCAAAUGGAAGGCCAACAUAUGCAGGCACAUCAAGAGAGUACACAAGGAUCGCGGUGUCUACGUUCUAACCGCUUAGGUGCCGAGCAAGCGUGGUGGGUGUACGGAGAUGCCGGGAGAGCGACGAAAUGCAGAGCGACGAAAGUGCAAAGUACCGUGUACAUUUGUCCGAGUCCGAAUUGCGGCAAGUCGUUCAAUUGGAAGGGAAAUUUGAAUAGACAUCUGAGAUACGAGUGUGGUCUUCAGCCACGUUUCAAGUGUCCGUAUUGCCAGUAUCGUUGUAAAGUUAAGGGGGACGUGAGCAAGCAUAUAUCAAGAAAACAUCACGGUUUGAUCGUUUACGUGGUCGACUUGUUCGCUGUUUCUCACUCGAGUGACACGAGUUCCACGCGUUGAUCACCGAUGCAAGCCCAAAACUUAUAUUUUCGUUCGAAUAAAAUAUAAUAUAGUCUGCCUUUUUUCAAUCUAUCAUUGCGCGCCAUUUUUUAACGCGUUUGCGUUCCAUCGUAGCAUAUAUAUUUUUACAGUC